UACAUAAUGUUCGUCUAGUGAACGGUAAGACUCCUAACGAGGGACGUGUAGAAGUAAGAUACCACGGUACUUGGGGUACCAUAUGCAAUGAUGGUUGGAAAAUAUGGGAUGCUUACGUAGUGUGUCACGUCUUGAAUUACCCCAAGGCAGUUGCAGCAACAACUGCUAGCGUCAAAGGGACUGGUCCUAUAUGGCUUACAGGGCUUGAUUGCUUGGGAUUUGAAGAAUCUAUUGAUCAGUGUCGUCAUGGUGGCUGGGGUAACACUGGUGGAUGUGAUCACAGCCGUGAUGCUGGAGUGGUAUGUGGCAAUCUAACACCAGAUGAGAAAGCGAUCGAAGUUCGUCUGGAGGGAGAUCAAAACCAUACUGGCAAAGUAGAAAUCAAGUACAACGGGACCUGGGGAGUAGUGUGCAAUGUUUGGUGGUGGGAUAUACGGGAUGCUGACGUGAUCUGCAAAAUGCUUGGUUACAAAGCAGCUAAACACGCAAUUGGGUACAUUGAAGGCGAGACACCAAGAGGAAGGCUAAUGACGUAUGUGGAAUGCAAUGGUAGAGAAAAGUCGAUAGCAGAGUGUGCUCACCAAGGAUGGUGGAGYGUUCCUUUAUAUUGCUCGAAUAAAGAUCUUGCUGGUGUGGUUUGUCAGACAAAUGAAGAUCCUCCACCAGUUCAAGUUCGUUUAGCUGGAGAAAGAUCAGUCAAUUCUGGUCGACUUGAAUUCACGUACCAUGGUCAGUGGGGUACUGUAUGUAAAUAUGGAUGGGACAUGAAAGACGCUGAGGUGGUGUGUCGUAUGCUUGGUUACCCUGGAGUACAGGAAUACAAAACCACCAACUUUACACCAGUCAAGGGUAUAAUAUGGCUGAUAUACGUUGAUUGUAGAGGAAGAGAAACGUCGAUUGCAGACUGUAGUCACAAUGGAUGGGGUAAUUCGCGUUGUACCCAUAGUGAAGACGUUGGAGUGACGUGUAAGAUGGGCGCAGUUACAAGGACAACACAAGUACCUACAACUACUAAACCAUUGCUGACCAAACCACUGACCAGCGUCACUGAGAGGCCAACAACAAAUAAGAAACAGGCACCUACAACUACUAAACCAUUGCUGACCAAACCACUGACCAGCAGCGUCACUGAGAGGCCAACAACAAAUAAGAAACAGCGAACUGGAGAGCCUGGCUGCGGUAAUUUUACACCGAAAGUGAAUUGCUCAAAAGAAGAUGAUGCUAUUACCCCAUAUUUUGAGAUUAAAAUCAUUAAUACUACGUGGGCUGUUUUGGAGCUGAUUAACGAUGAAAUUUCGAACGAAAGCAUCCAAAUGGGAUUGGAACAAGCCCUUGCCCAUUAUUGUCAUAUCUGUCGCCGUGUUCGUACUAACAAUAAUUAUAGUAACAGUAGUUGUAUCUCUAAGAAUAACCAGAAAGAAAGCUAAGAAAAAAAGAGAUAAAGCUAUGACCGAUAAAGAUAUGUAUAUGACAAUAGACGACGCUAUAGAGCUGAAGAAAUUAGAAGACAUAAACACGUUAAAGUCGAGCAAAAAGGCUUGUGACAGCAGGGAAGAGAGAACAUAUGCUACUCUUGGUGGGACAAGACAACGUCCCAUUCCAAAAGAUGGGGAAAAAGAUUAUGCAAGUCUCGAUGAAACAACAAGAGUACCAAGGGAACCUGACGCGCCAAAGCCACCCACAUCUCUUUACGAAUCACUGAAUAAUCUAAAUACUAGUACGACUGGAGAAUAUGAAAGUCUGGAUAAAGUCAAGGAUGAAGCUAGUGCUUUGUCAUCUAUCCUGAAGUCUAUCUAGUGGAGAGAGAGAGAGAGAGGGAAGGAGAGAGAGAGGGAGGAUUAAAAUGUGUUGCCAGUCAAACCAUCUAUGGAACGAUGUUGCUCUCUACACUUUAUCAGUUUCCGGUGACAAGUAUCAGUUUAACAAAUGCCCAGGCAGGGUCGAGGGCGGAUCUUGGGGGAGAGGAGGGGGGGGGGUGAGGGCUGGUUUGGUUUCGGGGUUCGGGGCUUCGUCGGAAUGAUAACUACGAAGCCCCUUAUUAUUGUGUUGUAAUAUUUGAAUAUUAACGGUAAUAUUUUGUAGUGUGUAAAAUUGUAAUAUUUUGUAGUGUGUAAAAUUGGUACCUUUGAGAAUAAAAACGACUUUCCUUGAUA